AUGAUGACGAUGAGCGAUGACGGAGACCGCACCUGCCCGCUCUGCGCCGAGGAGAUGGACAUCACUGACCAGCAACUCAAGCCCUGCAAAUGUGGCUACGAGAUUUGUGUCUGGUGCUGGCACCACAUCAUUGACAUGGCUGAGAAAGAGGACACAGAGGGGCGCUGCCCUGCCUGCCGCACACGCUAUGACAAGGACAGGAUUGUUAAGAUGGCUGCCACGUGUGACAGAACGGUAGCAGAUAAAAAUACAGACAAGAAGCAGAAGACCCAAAAGGUUAAGUCAAAGACACUGACUGUGGAAGCUAAGAAGCAUCUGGCCAGUGUCAGAGUUAUCCAGAGAAACCUGGUCUACAUAAUUGGGCUACCUGCAAAUUUAUGCAAUGAGAGUGUACUUGAGCGCAGGGAAUACUUUGGUCAGUAUGGAAAGGUUUUGAAGGUUUCAGUUUCUCGUCCAACUGGGGCUCCUUCCCAGCAGACAUCAACAAACAACGGUAUCAGCGUAUAUAUUACUUAUGCCAAAGAAGAAGAGGCCAUCCGGUGUAUUCAGGCUGUACACAAUUUUGUCUUGGAAGGGAAAGUGCUAAGAGCAUGCUUUGGCACCACGAAAUAUUGCCAUGCAUGGCUGCGGAACAUGACAUGUGGGAAUCCAGAUUGUCUCUAUUUGCAUGAUGUAGGCAGUCAGGAGGAUAGUUUCACUAAAGAUGAGAUAAUCUCAGCAUAUACCAGGUUUUUGCAUUCUUGCUAUAUAUAUUUUUCUCUUUAUUUUAGAAGAAGCUCCUGGCCUAGUAGGAAGUUUUGCCUCUCGAUGGAUUUGGAUUUGGAUGUCUAUUGUUGUACUACUACUUACUUUUGGAGUAGGGUUCCUCAAAUGGCGUCUAGUGUUUCCCAAAGACGUGCAGGAACUGUAUUGCCUCCUCCAGCAGAGGAUUUCUCUUACAGUGCGGUGGUUUCAGCCAAACAUACAAUCAAGAAUGGAACAACUAAUACCACAGGCCAAUCAAGACUGUCACCUCCAAACAGUAGUUCAGGGAGGUCCACGCUUCCACCAGCUACUUCAUGGGGGCAUCGUGAUUUGAACACACGGACAACCGCGACUGAGGUGGCGUCCUCGCAAUCUCUUACUAAAUCAAAAUCAGAGGCGCACAGUAAUUCACUUUCAAGUUCUUCUAUGAUUUCGAAUUCAAGACUACCUUCUUCAUGGAAUGAUGAUACAAGCACAGUACUGAAAAUGACUGAAGGGCGGCAAGUAUCAGAACGAGAUAGUUUGUCUAAAACCUUGAAGCCAUAUAGACCUGGUAUUGCAAAGGAAACCCAAGCUGUGACAUCACUGGAGUCUUCGUUGGACAUAGACUUUUCUACAAUACCUUCAGCCUGGAAUGAUGAUGAAAUUGUAGCAUCAGAUGAGACUUCAAAAGGAAGUGAGGAAAAGCAAGUUGUAAAUGGAAAGUUUAUUCCUUCAGCAUCCUCAAAACCAAUGGAACCGGGCCAGAUUGGGUCUAAGUCAUCAACAUCACCAAAGAAUGGCGAAGCCGUAAACAGUUCCAAGCAAAAUCUUGCAGAUUGUGUGCCACAUUCAGCAAUGUCUGGUUCUGUUUUAAAGAGGGACGAUGGUGACAGUAGACUUAGGGACACAGAAGUCGAGAAGUUGUCUGUUGGGGUAACUUCAGUAACUUUAGAUAGCAAAGAUACAGUUCAUAGUAUGGCAGAAAACCAACAGCUGGGUGCAGUUCCCGACACUUCCGUCGUGGUGCCUUUGAGUCAAAGUUUGAAGAAGGAACAAUCUCAUUUGAAGCUUGCUGGGCUUUCAUCAUCGGAAAAUAAGGACCCUGUACUUUCUUGUCAAUCUAGUUCUGAUAAGCAUCUUGACUGGAGCUCAGAGCUGCAAAGUUGUCGUGUGGCUUCUCCUUUGAAUGACAUAUGGCAUUCUUCUGUGGCCACUGAUAAACCCCAUGCCACUGCUAACACAUCACAUAUUUCUUUGUGGAAUGAUAAAGAAAUUAACCCUACUUUGACAAGUGAUGGUAGAACUUCUGGCACCAUGCUGCAUACCAGGUUAUCUUCAACUGACAAUGCUUCUACCACGUUGAAUGGACGUCAAGAGGGGCUAGGACCUAUGCAUACACCUGGUAUGGUUUCUGAACAUUCUGGUAUGCGAAACCACCAGCAUAGAGCACUGGAUGCAGCAAGAAAUGAUAACAUAGGCAGUUUUGGCAACACUGCAAGUGGAAAUAAAGACGAGGGCAGCAUAAUUUCUGAUAUAUUGUCUUUGGAGUUUGAUCCAUGGGAUGAGUCGUAUUCAACUGCAAACAAUUUUGUUAAGAUGCUUAAUGAAUCUGAAAAGAAUGAUGCACUUUUCAACGCACCUUCAUGGAAAUCAAAAGGCACCAGCAAUGAGUCUAGAUUUUCGUUUGCUAGACAGGAUAACCAACGGAACUUCCAAGAUUCAUCUUUCAGAAAUUGUGGCAGUGAUCAGAAUUUUAGCUUGCUAUCCCAGAAUUCUCAUGGCAACAGCUAUCAGAAUGGUGUUGCAUUCCAAUCGCUGGAGGAAGAUUUUUCAAAGAGCAAUCCUCUUGCUAUGUCAGAUAUAGCAACUGCUGGGUCUUCAAGGUCGAAAAUAUCUGCACCUCCUGGAUUUGCGGCACCAGCUAGGGUCCCACCUCCUGGAUUUUCAUCUCAGGACGGGUUGAAUCCCCCACCUGGAUUUUCUUCAGGAUUCUCAUCUCAGGAUAUGUUGAAUCACCCUCAUGGAUAUCCUUCGGGAUUUCCAUCUCAGGCUGGAUCUAAUCCCCCUCAUGGAUUUUCAUCUCAGCAUGGAUCUAAUCCCCCUCACGGAUUUUCAUCUCAGGCUGGGUCGAACCCGUCUCGUGGAUUUAAUUCUGGAUUUUCAUCCCAGGAUGGGUCUAACAAUAUUCCUCCUGGGUUUUCUUCUGCGUUUUCUGCUGGGUUUUCAUCCCAGAAUGGGUCUAACCAGGCGUAUGGCUCCACAUUCUCAGAAACUCGUCUACUUGAUAAUCUUUUUGGUAGCCACACCAAUCAAUAUCAACCUCAGAUAUCUAGACACACGAGUGACAUAGAAUUUAUUGAUCCUGCUAUAUUGGCUGUGGGCAAAGGGCGGAUGCCAGGAGUUAGUGAUUCAGGGUUGGAUUUGAAAAACGCUCCUUUUCCAGCACAAUUGCAGACAUCAAAUAAUGAUCCAAGACUUCAACUACUUAUGCAGCAGAGCAUGCCCUCUCAUCAAAACCUCAGAUAUACUGACCAUGUUCGAGAUGCAUUCAACCCUAUUCAGAAUGAUAAUUAUCUGGCAUCCCGACUUCUGCCACAGAACCAUGGUUCUCUAUCCCCUUAUGCACAGAUGUCACUCCAACAACCUAGAAACUCACAGCUUGCAAAUGGUCACUGGGAUGGCUGGAGUGAUUUGAGACAGGGGAAUAAUGUUCCCAUAUCGGACAUGUCGAGGAUGUUAUAUCCAACUGAAGCUAACAACUUUCACAUGCUGGGUUCAAAUGAUAUGUAUAACAGAACCUUUGGACUUUAG